AUGAAGAGGACUGAGAAAGCUGGUGAACUAGGAGUUCCCGCCAUGGGCCAGAAGUUCCUCUCGUGGGGUUUUGUGGCCUUGGUGCUACUUCAAGGUGGCUCUGCUUACAAAUUGGUUUGUUACUUCACCAACUGGGCCCAGUACCGAGCCGGGCUGGGAUAUUUCAUUCCUGAUGCCAUUGAGCCACACCUGUGUACCCACCUUAUCUACUCCUUUGCCAAUAUCAGCAACAACAUGAUCACCACUAUGGAGUGGAAUGACGCUACCCUGUAUCACACCUUCAAUGAUCUCAAGAAGAGAAAUCCCAACCUGAAAACUCUCCUGUCCAUCGGAGGUUUCAAAUUUGGUUCCAAAGGGUUUCAUCCCAUGGUGGAGUCUUCUGAAUCAAGAUCAACAUUCAUCAACUCAGUGAUCCCAUUCCUGAGACAAUAUAGCUUCGAUGGGCUGGACAUAGACUGGAUCUACCCCCAGAUGAAUGAAAAGCCUUUUUUUGCUUCUCUGAUUCAUGAGUUAGCUGUUGCCUUUCAGGAAGAGUCCAAAAACUCCAGGAAGGAGAAGCUUCUCCUGUCUGCUGCGGUGGCCUCAGGAAGGCAGAUAAUUGACAACAGCUAUGAGAUCAAGGACUUGGAAAGGGAUGUGGAUUUCAUUAACCUCCUGACCUUUGACUUCCAUGGAUCUUGGGAGAAUCCCCUAGUUACUGGCCACAACAGCCCUCUGAAGAAAGGGAGCCAGGACCAAAGGAACAGCAAUUACUAUAAUGUGGAAUAUGCUGUGAACUACUGGAAGAAUCAGGGCAUGCCAGGGAAGAAGAUCAUCAUGGGUAUUCCUAUGUAUGGCCGCUCCUUCACCCUCCCCAACCCUGCAUCUAACACAGGUGUGGGGGCCCCUGCCAAGGGUCCUGGCACUCCUGGCCAAUUCACUGCAGAAGGCGGCUUCUUGGCCUACUAUGAGGUAUGCCAGUUCCUACAAGGUGCCACAAUAAAAAAAAUCCCAGAACAGCAAGUCUCCUAUGCAGUCAAGGGCAACCAAUGGGUUGGAUUUGAUGAUAUAGAGAGUGUGGAGACCAAGGUCCAGUAUUUGAAGAACUCAGAAUUGGGAGGGGCCAUGAUCUGGUCCAUUGACCUGGAUGACUUUACUGGUGAAUUCUGCAAAAAGGGUCCAUUCCCCCUCCUCCAGGCCAUCAAGAAGACACUGGGCUCUGCCAAUAAAGGUGUCAGAAGCACCCAUCAAGGGUAGCUAUAUGAAGUGAGAAGGGCUCCAGACUUUGAGUCAGAAGCCUUGAAUUCAAUUCCAACUUUGUUGAAUACCAGCAGUAUAACAUUGGUCAAGUCACGUACCACUCAAACUAAGUUUCGUUGUCUAAAAUGAGGGACUUAGGCUUGAAACUUUCAA